UGUUGUAUUUUCCGUCUCGACGACUCUGUCGCCAUCGUCUUUUUGGCAGAAAUAAAAUAAACGAGCUAACGGUGGCAAUGCGCUCGCAUCGUCAGUUUCCUCUGUAGUUUUUGUGAUUUCUAGUCUCGAGAUUCAAAUUUCAAUACAACGUGAACUAUCGAUACUAUCCAAAUUUAACAACUAGUGAACCCAACCCCUAAAUUCAUAACAGGAUCAAUCUUGUUUGCUGUUUGGAAAGGAAGCAGGCGGCGGUGAAGUGAAGAAGGCGAAUGUCCUCAGUUUUUCGCUGUGGUUUAAGACCUCGUCAUCAACCAACAAAAUCAUCAAGAAUCUUUGUUUUUAAAUUUCUCUGAAGUGUUUUUUUUUUUUCGUCACCGGGGCUUAACGCAAAGCAAGCAGCUGUGUGAAAAACAAGUAUUGAAAACAUCGAACUGUGCGGUUCAUUAGCAUCCGCUCGUUUCUCAUUCCCAGUCACUAGAUAUAUUGGGUGAUAUACACAAAUUCGUGGUUUGUUUCUCGAGGGUUAGAAGCAGUACGCGAACAUGCGAGUCACUGUGACGACACCAGCGGAUUUUUCCUUCCCGCUAGAAGUUUCCCAUGACAUGGAGCUAGAAAAUUUCAAGGCUCUCUGUGAAAUCGAGUGUGGUUUCCCGGCGACGGAAAUCGUCAUUUCCUUCAAUGGCCAUCCGCUGCUCGAUGACAAGAAAACUCUGGCCGAACUGGGUAUAAGGGAUGGAGAAGUGGUCAUGCUACAGCACAUAUCGCAGGCCGCGCAGUUUGCGGCACCGCAAGUGGGACGCGCACGACAACAACCGUCAGAGCCGACACGUCUUGCCAAUUUGGACUUCAGUGCCAUCCAGGUUCCUGCGGGUGUUCCUUCCAGUAGUGGUAAUUCAGGCUUACUUAACAACAAUCGGCCCUCUCCAACGGUCGCACCUGAAGAUGAUCCCGCCGUGGUUCGUGAGAUGUUCCUUUCCAACCCAGACCAGCUAGCCUUGCUGAAGCAGAACAAUCCGCGUCUGGCGGAAGCCUUAAUCUCAGGGGAUUUGGAAACUUUCGCCACGGUGUUGCGAAAACAGAUCGCAGAUCGCAUGGAAAAGCAACAGCAGCGUAUGAGAAUCCUCCAGGCCAGUCCGUUCGAUGCGGAGGCCCAACGGCUGAUAGCCGAGGAGAUCAAGCAGAAGAAUAUAGAGGCAAACAUGGAGGCUGCGAUGGAGUACAAUCCGGAAACGUUCGGAACCGUGGUGAUGUUGUACAUCAACUGUCGCGUAAAUGGUCACCCCGUGAAAGCGUUCAUUGACUCGGGUGCCCAGGCGACAAUCAUGAGUGCCGCUGCGGCGGAACGCUGCAACAUCAUGCGACUGGUCGACACGAGAUGGGCCGGCAUUGCGAAAGGUGUUGGGGUGCAGAAGAUUAUCGGCCGAAUCCACAUGGUCCAGAUCCAGAUCGAGAACGAUUUCCUCACCUCAAGCUUCUCGGUGCUGGAGGAUCAGCCAAUGGAUAUGCUGCUUGGGCUGGACAUGCUGAAAAGACAUCAGUGUAACAUAGAUCUCAAGCAUAAUGUGCUGCUGAUUGGUACGACCGGUACGAAAACGCAAUUCCUAGCCGAAGGCGAUCUUCCCGAUUGUGCCCGACUGACUGGCAGUGCCGAGGAGGAACAGAAGGCCCUCGCAGAGUCCGUGAAAAACAUGAUCGCUAAAAGUCACCAAGAGCAAGCAUCAACGAGCAGUGGCAACAAUAACACCGGCGGCAGCGCUAGCAGCAGUAGCGGCACACCAACUUCAACAGGUGGGCAGCCACAACCACCGCUGCCACCGGCACCAGCGGAUGACGUCCCGCUAGUGCUGCUGCCAACCGACCAGUUCACCGAGAUGGAUGUUGUCGAGCUGGAAUCGAUGGGAUUCAGCCGGCAGAUGGUUAUCACCGAACUCAGGGCAGCCAACGGAGACAAAAUCAAGGCCACUUCGGGUCUAUUUUCGAAGUUAGGAUAAAAGAAAGCGUCGGACGGCAAUAUGACUGUUGUCUAAAUUUGGCUUAAGUUUCUUGUGUGCGUGGAUCACAUUGACUAACUAUAACUAUAGGUUGGGAUGCAUUUUUUCUCUCAAGUUUACAGGAGAUUUCUUUUCGACAGAAAAGUGUUGAUUUGACAUUUAAACGCACUUUAAGCGUUGAAACGCCGCAAAAGGUGAUUUUUUGAAUGAAAAAAAAACAAAUUAUUUACAAAAAAAUAGAUUAUGCAUCGAGCACUGACAUAAAUGGUUGACUUAAGAAAAUAAAACC